AAUGGUGGGGGCGGAGGGGCCGGCCGGUCCUCGUGCAAGGUGGGAUCCCUUGGAGUUCCCCAGCCCAGCUGCUGCCGCACCCCUAGCUGAGCCUGCGGAUAGCGAGGGCGGCUCCCUUAUCUGCCUCCGCACCCACAGCGAGAGUUGAGGUCUGGAGUCCCCCCUCCUGCUCUCUUCCGCUGGGUGAGCCCCGACCACGCAGACCUCCCUGCCUCUCAGAAGCAGUAAGCGCGGGGCGGGACCGGACCAGUGGACUUGAGGGGAACGUCCUGCCGGCAUCGCACCCCUCCGCAGACUGCCUCAUGGGCCGAACUGUGGUUGUGCUGGGCGGAGGCAUCAGCGGCUUGGCUGCCAGCUACCACCUGAGCCGGGCGUCGCGUCCCCCGAAGGUGGUCCUGGUGGAGGGCAGCGAGCGUCUGGGAGGCUGGAUCCGGUCCGUCCGAGGGCCGGGUGGAGCUAUCUUUGAACUUGGACCUCGAGGAAUCCGGCCCGCGGGAGCCCUGGGAGCCCGGACCCUGCUUUUGGUGUCUGAGCUCGGCCUGGAUUCCGAAGUGCUGCCGGUCCGGGGAGACCACCCAGCUGCCCGCAACAGGUUCCUGUACGUGGGCGGCGCCCUGCACGCCCUGCCCUCUGGCCUCAGGGGUCUUCUCCGCCCUUCACCCCCCUUUUCCAAACCUCUGUUUUGGGCUGGUCUGAGGGAACUGACCACCCCACGAGGCAAAGGCCCUGAUGAGACCGUCCACAGUUUUGCCGAGCGCCGCCUUGGACCCGAGGUGGCGUCUCUAGCCAUGGACAGUCUCUGCCGUGGAGUGUUUGCAGGCAACAGCCAGGAGCUCAGCAUCAGGUCCUGCUUUCCCAGUCUCUUCCAGGCUGAGCAGACCCACCGUUCCAUAUUACUGGGGCUGCUGCUGGGGGCAGGCGGGCACCCACAGCCAGACUCAGCACUCAUUCGCCAGGCCCGAGCUGAACGCUGGAGCCAGUGGUCACUCCGAGGAGGCCUGGAGACAUUGCCUCAAGCUCUUGACACCUACCUCACUAGUAGGGGGGUCAGUGUUCUCAGAGGCCAGCCAGUCUGUGGGCUUAGACUCCAGGCAGGAGGGCGCUGGAAGGUGUCUCUAGAGAGCAGCAGCCUGGAGGCCGACCAUGUUAUCAGUGCCCUUCCAGCCUCAGUGCUCAGCAAGCUGCUCCCUGCUGAGGCUGCACCUCUGGCUCAGGCCCUGAGUACUAUCACUGCUGUGUCUGUGGCUGUGGUGAAUUUGCAAUACCGAGGAGCUCGUCUGCCUGUUCAGGGAUUUGGACAUCUGGUGCCAUCCUCGGAAGAUCCAGGUGUCCUGGGAAUUGUGUAUGACUCAGUUGCUUUCCCUGAGCAGGAUGGGAGCCCCCCUGGCCUCAGAGUAACUGUGAUGCUUGGAGGUUCUUGGCUACAGUCCCUAGAAACCAGGGGCUCUGUCUUAUCUCAGGAGCUGUUCCAACAGCAGGCACAGAAAGCAGCUGCCACACAACUAGGACUGAAGGAACCGAGUCACUGCUUGGUCCAUCUGCACAAAAACUGCAUCCCCCAAUAUACACUUGGCCACUGGCAAAAACUGGAGUCAGCGACCCAAUUCCUGGCUGCUCAGAGACUGCCCCUGACUCUGGCUGGGGCCUCCUAUGAGGGGGUUGCAGUCAAUGACUGUAUAGAGAGUGGGCGCCAGGCAGCAGUCCGGGCCCUGGGCACAGAGCCUAACUGUUGAUCCCCAACUCCUACCUCUUCCUGCCCUUGCUGGCAGGGAUUCUCGUGCCCUGGAAAAUAAACAUGACUGG